UGUUCUGUCAUGUGCAUUAUUAGGAGAUACUACAUGUAGCUAGCUAGCAUUCCCAACACAAGUUUUGAAGCCACGAGACAGAGUGAGAGCCAAGAUCAGAAGUCCUGGAGAUCCAUCCAAUCUAUCUAUCUAUCUAUCUAUCAUCACCCAAGAAGAUGAAGUACACAUCGACUCGAGAUGCUUCUAUUGUUUGCAGCUUUGAAGAAGCCAUUUGUUCCGGUUACGCUCCCGAUGGUGGCUUGUUUGUCCCCGCGUCGUUGCCGCACGUGGACGCUGGUACACUGGAGUCUUGGUCGGGUCUCACGUAUCCACAAUUGGCGUUUGCCGUCUUGCGACUCUUUAUCGCCUCGGAAGAAAUCGACAAUGAUGCCUUGGAGGCCAUCUGUCACGCAUCCCUUCGAGGAUUUACCAAUCCGGAUCAUGCCGUGCCACUCCGAUUCGUAGGAGGCAUGUACGUGGUGGAACUGUUUCACGGAGCCACAUUUUGUUUUAAAGAUCUCGGAUUGAGUGCCGUCAUCCAAUUGCUGUCGUUUUUUGCCACUCGUCGCAAAACUCCAACAACAUUGCUCGUCGCUACCACGGGAGAUACGGGCCCGGCUGCCGUCCAAGCCGUCUCGGAUGCUCACAAUCCACUCUUGACAUUGUUGGUGCACUAUCCAAAGGGACAAAUAUCGGACUUUCAACGCAAACAAUUGACCACAGUUCAAUCACCGUAUGUUGCCGUGGCGGCAUUUGAAGGAAGUGGAGAUGACAUGGAUCGACCCAUCAAGAAUUUACUGCAGAAACUCCAAACGAAGGAACGGCGAUUGACCGGAGUGAAUUCCUACAAUAUUGGUCGUCCUCUCAUGCAAAUGGUACACUAUAUAUGGGCCUACUUGAGAGUGAUGGAAACGUUAAAGGAAAAGCCAGGGAACCCCGACAUGACUGUCAAUGUGGUACUGCCCACAGGUGCCAUGGGAAACAUGGUGGGAGGAUACAUGGCCAAGCAAAUGGGGAUUCCACUGGGACUCUGCAUCAGCGGGGUCAACGUUAACGAUAUCACCGAUCGUGUCACACGGACAGGACAAUUCCACAAGAGUGCAGCCAUGGAAAGGACCCUCUCCGAGGCCAUCAAUAUUCAAUUGCCCUACAAUUUUGAACGACUUUUGUUUUACUUGUCGGGCGACCAUGCUAGAAUCAAAGAAUGGAUGACAACCGUGGAUUUGACGAGCAAGAAUGAUUUGCCACCCGAUUGGUUGCAACUGCUCCAACAAGAGUUUCAGAGUGAACGAAUCACGGACGAGGAAAUGUGUGCCAUGACACGACAAGUGAGAGACGACUUUUCCUACAUUAUCGAUCCGCACACGGCAGUCGCCUUUUGUGCGGCCAAGAGACGGGGAUACUAUUGCAGCAACAACAAUAGUGACAGCAACAGUGCGGCAAACAACAACACACCAGUGAUUCUGUUGUCCACGGCAUCUCCGUGCAAGUUUCAAGAGGCUGUCACCGUCGCAAUCGGCAAGGAAGGAUGGGAUCGAUACUACGAGAGUGAAUUCCCUGCUCGUGGUAAGGCACUGAUGCAACUGGAAGAGGUAGAGCCUGUGUUGUACAAGGCUCAAGGAAGUGGCGGUGACGACGCAUUGCAAAAGUCUCAGGAUGCGUGGGAGAGACAAUCCCUGGAUAUCAUAAAGGGCCUAGUAGCAGGCAAGGCGGAUCCAUGAGUUGUGCUCUUGUUCAAGGGCACAUCUGGAGACGGCAUAGCUAGUUCUGGCUAGAAGUGAUAGAGUUCACAACAUACAAACUUUUCUAGGGACUAAACAAUGAUGGGCAUCCACUUUGGCUUUGCAUCCAAUUCACUAGGCCCGCUAUUGAGGAUUUCAAAGUAACCACCAGCAGCUGUGCUGAAGAGCAAGUGGCUGCAUUUGCAUGGGCAAGUGUUCUCAAUAACCCACUUUAGAGGCAGCAUCCUACGGACAACCAUUCCAGAAUUUCAAAAUGCCAACCCUCUACAGAAGUCAGCGGGGGGUCGGGGGAAUGCUUAGGCGAAGAAGAGGCAGAGCUUGCUAGUUUCAAAGCAUCAAGAUAAAGAUUGGAGCAGCUCUCCGUCUCCCCCUCUUCCGCGGCGCGAUGAAAAACUGCACGGUGCACGUGCUUUUCCUCUUCCCUUGAUCAUUAAAAGAUCACGGGUAAGAUAUCAAAACAACAAACAACUGCUUGAGUAUCAAUUGCCAGGACGAGAACCCGCGCACCUUCUGAUAAGGCAGCUAAAAUCGGUUUGAAAGUUCUUCUGCUGUUCAAGACGUCCGGCUAGCUAGCAAGGGAACGAAUGAGUGCCAGUCGCUGUAGCUAAAACGUUCCCUAAAAUAUCGAAUAUAUGUGCGACGGGAUACAGCUUACAAUUCAGCUUUACAGCUUUACAAUUAGCAGGCUUAUUCUAGAAAAUAAUCAAUAACUGCUCACUUAUUUG